CCUCCUGCGCUAGCUCCUCCCAGGCGGCCAUUGGCUCCAGCCCCCACCCAGCAUUGAUUGGGCUCCGUUCUGAACUGUGGAGAGUCGCUGAGUGUCACUGGGGGCAAAGGGGCGAGUGAGGCCAUUCUCCCGCAUUGUGGGCGGAGGAGGCAGAGUCCGGACACCAGAGGGGCUUCCGGAGGCUUGGAAGCGAGCAUCCAUCCGCACCUGAACUUGAGACCCGGUGGAGCCCAUCAUGGCGCUGCUCGCCCUGCUGGCAUCGUUGCUCCUCUUUGGGGCCAAGGCGGCCAAUGAAGAACGCGACAUCCACGACUUCUGCCGAGUUCCAAAGGUGGUGGGGAGAUGCCUGGCCUCCCUCCACAGGUGGUGGUACAAUGCCACCUGCCGAUCCUGCCAGCAGUUUGUAUAUGGAGGCUGCGGUAGGAACGGCAAUAACUACCUGACCAAGGAGCAGUGUCUGGAGAAGUGUGCUGAUAUCCCAGGGAACACCAUGGACAAUGCGGCCACCAGCAGGAACCCGGCAGAUUCCUCUGGCCCAAGUGUCCCCAGAAGGCAGGGUUUUGAUGGCCCCUCCAGCGAUAUUUUCAACUACAAAGAAUACUGCGCUGCCAGGGUGGCCACCGGGCCUUGCCACGCAUCCUUACCACGCUGGUACUUUGAUGCCAAGAACAACUCCUGUGAUCGAUUUAUCUAUGGAGGGUGCUGGGGCAAUAGAAACAACUACCUCUCCCAGGAGGCUUGCAUGAGCAGCUGCCUUGGCCCGUGGUCCUACCCGGCCCCGCCCCACAGCAUCACCAAGGACCUGGCAGAGCUGUUCGAGGUGAUCCUCCUCCUCUUGGUGUGUUACGGGCUGCUCUACCUGGUUGUGAUGGGGUGGGUGGAGUUUGACCUCACCUUCUGCAGCUCCAAGGACGAUGAGGACCCCCUCUUGAUGAAGAAAACCUGGAGAAGGGGUGGGCAGAGAGCUGCAGAAAGCCCAUAUGCUGUUUAAAAUAGAUGGAUUUGUGUUGUGAUCA